AUGAACGACAGCAAACAAACACCACUCAACAAUCCCAAACAAGGAGUUCAAGCAAAAUCUUCGAACAACAGAAACUGCAUGAAGAAGGACGAAGGGAGUAAAAAACAGCAGAAGGUACGCAGAGGGUCUGAUCGUUCGUCAAAAAUCAGAAGUCAGAAGGACGAGACAACACCAGAAAUCGAGUGUUACGCUGAAUAUUGUGCAGCUGCUCAUAAGCACUGGUUCCAUGUCUCGCAGCAUGAAGCACCGAACACCCUCGCACAGAUGCAAAAGGCCAUUAAGGCUCGGCAGCUGCAGAUGCCACGAUUGGUGACGGAAGGGGACUACAUACAUAAAUCCGCGCCUGGCAGGAUAUUGUCACACGGAACGGCGAGAAUUUUAACUAGACUAUCGGAAGCUGAACGAAGCAGGGAUAGCCAGCCAAUCCCUCGGAUCGACGACACUCUUGUAUGCACUUUCAGAACUCUAGUGAAAUCCUUGCCUCGUCCCCCUGGAGAAUAUCAUUGUGUUCGGCCAGACACCGGAAGAACAUAUAACCCGCCUGAGAGAGGCGUUCGUACAAUUCAGGCAAGCAGACUUGAUACGGAUUCCAGUGAUGACAAUUUUGGGGCAAUUCCGUCGUAA